AGCACUACUCUCUAUCUCCAUAUCCCUUCAAGUCAUCAUCAUCAUCAUCGUUAUUUUCAUAUAUAUGAUCAUGGGAUAUGAAAAGCCUGCAUGGUUGGAAGCUCUGUACAGCCAAAAGUUCUUCGUUGGGUGUUCUUACCAUGAAAAUUCAAAGAAGAAUGAAAAGAACAUAUGUUGUUUGGAUUGUUGUUUGAGUAUUUGUCCUCACUGUUUGCCUUCCCACCGCUUCCAUAGACUUCUCCAAGUUCGUCGUUAUGUCUAUCAUGAUGUCGUUCGUCUGGAAGAUCUUCAGAAACUUAUUGACUGUUCUAACGUUCAGGCUUAUACUAUAAAUAGUGCAAAAGUGGUGUUUAUCAAGAAGAGACCUCAGAAUAGGCAAUUCAAGGGGUCCGGUAACUAUUGCACUUCUUGUGAUAGAAGUCUCCAAGAACCUUAUAUUCAUUGCUCCCUUGGCUGCAAGGUGGACUAUGUGCUCAAGUAUAAGAAAGACCUCUCUCCUUACCUAAGGACAUGUAAUUCUCUACAACUUAGUCCAGACUUUUUGGUUCCGCAAGACAUGGGAGAUGAUGAGACGACAAACGAGACCCCUCACUCGACCAUAGUCGACAGUGACGAGCCAAUGAGUUGGUCGUCUGGGUCGUCAGGCUCCGAGAACAUGAGCAAUAUGGCUUGUACUACUGAGAUUGUCAGAAAGAAGAGAAGUGGGCUUAGUUAUGUUUGUGCAAGAUCAGCUUCUACUACUACUGCUUAUAAUAAUCAUAAGGUCUUUGUUUCUGAUACUGAAGACAUGGCCACUAGCAUGAUUAGUAGAAGAAAAGGAAUUCCUCAUAGAUCUCCUAUGUGUUAAAACAAAAAUUAAAAAAAAAAACAAUAAGAAAGAAAAAAAAAAAAAGAAAUGAUGAUGAUUAUGAAGAACCAUCUCUCUUCUUAUUACUACUAGUACAAUAUUUUUGAAAUCUGAUGAUAAAUUUGACUGAAUGAUUCAAAUGCUUUA